AUGAGUUCAGAGCAACACGAAAACGAACGCCCAUCGGCGCCUCCUCUCUGCGCAAACAACUGCGGCUUCUACGGCAGCCCUGCGAACCGCAAUCUUUGCUCGAAGUGCUAUAGAGAGUUUCUGAAGGCGGAGAGUGCUGCUGCUGCUGCUGCAGCGACGGCAGCAGCUGCUGCAUGCAGACGUACCCUGCCACAGCAGCAGCCAGAAGCAGCAGAUGCUGCUGCAACUGCUGCACCAGAAGCUGCACCCGAGCAAACAGAUGCAGCACAGCCGCAGCAGGCCCCUGCUGCGGAACCUGCGGAUGCAGCAGCGGCAGCUGCUGUUGCAGCGACGGCAGCAGCAGCCGCUGCAGCAACAGCAGCCGUAGCAGCAGAAAGCUGCAGCGGAGAGCUGCAGCAACCCUCUGACAGCGAUGUCGUUUCAGCAGGCUCGGCUCCCGCUGCAGUUUCUUCAGCGGCUUCAGAGCCUGUACCGGCAACAGCAGCAGCAGCAGCAGCAGCACCAGAAGCAGCAGCAGCGCCAGAAGCAGCUGCAGCGCCAGCAGCGGCAGCGGCCGCGCCGGAAGCAGCAGCGGCAACAACAGCAGCGGCUUCGUCUCCAGUUGACUCUGGAGAUGCAGUCGCCCCGCCUUCGCCCGCCUCUGCGCCUGCGGGUACAGCAUCUUCAGCUCAGAGCAAAGGGAAGGCGUCGCGUUGCCACAAGUGCAACCGGAAGCAUCAGCAGCAGCAACAGCAGCAACAGCAGCAGCAGCAGCAGGUCCAGCAACAGCAGCAGCAGCAGCAGUUGCAGCAGUUGCGUUUUCUCUGCGGACAGGACACGCCGAUGCUAGAACAGCAGCGAGAGACAGCUGAGUGUUUCUGCAUUCAUUUGAACCCGAACGCGUUCUUUGCUGCAGUUGCUGCUGCGGACGCUGCAGUUGCUGCUGCUGCUGCUACAGCUGCAGCAGGGCACUUGGGGAUCAGAGUUUGA